AUGGAUGACAACCUAAACAUUACCCAGAUAACUCUUAAUGGGUAUAUAGAAAUGAACAAAUACAGGUAUUUAUAUUUUUGUGUAAUGUUUACAGCAUAUGUUUUAAUUAUCUGCAGUAAUUCUGCUAUAGUCUACCUGAUCUGGAUACACAAAAACCUCCAUGAGCCAAUGUAUGUCUUCAUUGCAGCUUUGUUAUUUAACUGUAUUCUUUACAGCACUUCUGUUUACCCAAAACUUUUGAUUGACUUUCUAUCUGAAAAACAGAUCAUAUCAUAUUCAGCGUGCCUCUUUCAGUUUUUUAUCUUUUAUUCUUCAGGUGGUUCAGAAUUCUUACUGCUGGCAGCAAUGGCCUUCGAUAGAUAUGUGUCAAUAUGUAAACCUUUGAGAUAUCCAGCUAUAAUGAAUAGAAACACUGUGAGUGUUUUCCUGGUUCUAGCUUGGUUUGUUCCUGCUUGUCAUAUUGCAGUACAAACAAUACAGAGUGCUCAGGUUGAAAUAUGUAACUUUAAUUUAAAAGGAAUAUUAUGUAACAACUCAAUUUAUAAACUUCACUGUGUGACAUCGAGAUCAAUUACCAUAUUUGGACUCAUUUCUUUGUUAAAUCUUUUAAUAUUCCCAAUGCUUUUUACAGUUUUUACAUAUACAAGGAUAUUGCUAAUAUCUCAUCGCAGUGGUAAAGAGUUCAGGAAAAAAGCUGCUGAAACCUGUUUACCGCAUUUGUUAGUUUUAAUCAGCUUCUCCACUUUGACUGUAUAUGAUGUAAUUAUAGCUCGAGUGGAAUCAGAUGUUCCAAAAGCAGCACGGUUGAUAAUGACUUUACAAGUACUCCUUUAUCAUCCUUUGUUUAAUCCAUUCAUUUAUGGGUUUAAAAUGAAAGAAAUUUCUAAACAUCUGAAAAAGUGUCUUACUUUAACCUAA